AGGAGCCGCCGGUGCUCUCCGCGGUGCUGGGUGCUGCCCCCCGACCGCGGAGCCGCGCCCCGAGCCCCUCCGAUGUCUCCGACUCCGCCGCUCCCGGGCUCCGCCGCGUCUCCGAGCGGCAUGGCCAGGAUUAGGUACCUCCGCGCGGCUGUCUCGGGGUUUUAUCUGUGGGAAGCUGCGGUACUGCUCAGCUUGGUAGCCACAAAGGAAACAGACAGUGCAAGAUCUCGUAGCAUGCCAAUGUCACCAUCCGAUUUCCUGGAUAAGCUGAUGGGUAGGAUGUCAGGCUAUGAUGCAAGGAUCAGACCAAAUUUCAAAGGUCCUCCAGUUAAUGUCACAUGCAACAUAUUUAUAAACAGCUUUGGAUCCAUUGCAGAGACGACCAUGGAUUACCGAGUGAACAUCUUUCUCCGUCAGAAUUGGAAUGAUCCUCGCCUUGCAUACAGUGAAUAUCCAGAUGACUCUUUAGAUUUAGAUCCAUCCAUGCUGGAUUCAAUUUGGAAACCUGAUUUGUUCUUUGCUAAUGAAAAAGGUGCCAACUUUCAUGAAGUUACAACAGAUAAUAAGUUGUUGCGGAUUUUCAAAAAUGGAAAUGUACUUUAUUCCAUCAGAUUGACUUUAAUACUUUCCUGUCCGAUGGAUCUCAAAAAUUUUCCAAUGGAUGUGCAAACAUGUAUAAUGCAGCUGGAAAGCUUUGGCUACACAAUGAAUGAUCUCAUUUUUGAGUGGCAAGAAAAGGGAGCAGUUCAAGUUGCAGAAGGUCUCACUCUGCCGCAGUUUCUCUUGAAAGAAGAAAAGGAUUUGUGCUACUGCACCAAGCAUUACAAUACAGGAAAGUUCACAUGCAUUGAAGUCCGAUUUCACCUUGAGAGGCAGAUGGGUUACUAUCUCAUCCAGAUGUACAUACCAAGCCUCCUGAUCGUCAUUCUCUCCUGGGUGUCAUUUUGGAUCAAUAUGGAUGCAGCUCCAGCCAGAGUGGCUUUAGGCAUAACAACUGUACUGACCAUGACAACUCAAAGCUCAGGUUCACGAGCAUCUCUUCCAAAGGUGUCAUACGUCAAAGCCAUUGACAUCUGGAUGGCAGUGUGUCUGCUCUUUGUAUUUUCUGCACUUCUGGAGUAUGCAGCUGUAAACUUUGUGUCGAGGCAGCAUAAAGAACUUCUGCGAUUCCGACGCAAGAGGAAGAAGAGCAAGUAUUUUGAGGGAGUUCUUGAUGGAAAUGAAAUCAGUGAAUCAUUACAGCAUAGCAAUGGCUUGAGAUGUGCAGGACGUAUAGACGGGACUUUGCCUCAAAUCUACAGUACAAAUUUAAGGGAUGAUGACACACGUGACAGUCAGUUUAGCAUUACAGCAUAUGGAGUCGGCCCGUGUGUGCAAGCAAAAGACGGAAUAACACAAAAGGGGCCAAAUAAUCCUGUUCAAGCUGUACCAAAAAGCCCUGAUGAGAUGAGAAAGGUGUUUAUUGACCGGGCCAAGAAGAUAGACACAAUAUCCAGAGCGUGUUUCCCAUUAGCCUUUCUGAUUUUCAACAUUUUUUAUUGGGUAAUCUACAAAAUCAUCAGGCAUGAGGACAUUCACCAAUAACAAGAUUCAGGCUUGCAGUACUUAAAAUCUGGCUGUCACUCAACAGGAGGCUUUUUGUUAGAAAUGCACAUCCGAGGAGUGAUUAGAAGAGUUAAGAACAAUGAGGGGGAGAAAAAGGAUCCUGCAUGGUCUGCAAUGACCAGCUGAAGUGGGAUGGAAGGAUGACACCCAGAGAAGUCACAUCUGCUGUUCCAAACUUACCUUGUCAAACUAAUUAUUAACAACUUUUUCAUUGAAAAUCACUCUCUACUGAAGCUUUAUUGCCAAGUAUUUAUACAUACUGUUACAUAGUGGUAUAAUUGUACAGUACUCUUUGAUGGUCCUUAAAUUUUUUAAACUCUGGUGUAUUUUUAAUUUUAAAAAUGUUUCCAGAAUACCCUAGGUGAAUCCCAAAGUAUUACAGAACAGAUUAGUGUUUGUGAGUUUUAUUUUAAUUUUACAAUAUAAUGACAAGUUACUGAUUGGAGAAAACAGUUUAAAGGACUUGAUCUAGCCUUAAGGACAGUACUGGUGGUUUUACAAUGAAUAGGUUUAACAUAUUUAAGUCAUAUAAUUUAUUCAAUGUACUUCACAUUACUGUUCCCCUAGAAGGUGCAUGUUGAAAUAAUCUCAGAAAGCACAAGGUAAGCAGCCUAAUAUGAGCCAAGGUAUACAACCUAAUGAGAAAUAUACAAAAAUUUGUAAAGUAUUGAUUCCUGCAAAGGAUUUUUUAUUUUAAUUACUUGUAUUUUCAUAAUUGAAGCAUAUUCUUUAUUCUUCUUUAUAUUUUUAAUUUUUUUUCUCAAUUCAUAAAACUCAUACCACUUGUAUAGACAAAUUACAUCAAAAUUUUGCAAUGCUUCAUUUUGAUUCAAUGCAAAGAGAUCUUGGACCAAAACUGAAAGCAAAGAGUCAACUGUUUCACUGAAGCAUUUGGAGGAUGAAUACAGUUAUGUUUAUGCACAUUCAUCUCCUAUAUAUCACAUAAUUACAAGAAGUCUAAUUUAUUAAUGUGUCAGAUUUUCUGACUCAUUCUUUGAAGUUUGUUAAUAUGACUUAGAUCUUAGUUAAGAAGUGCUUCACAACUUUGGAAAAAUGUGUAGCUCUUCUCAAACGUAAAAAAAAGACCUGUAUGGUAUUCUGCAUUUACUGGAUUUCACAUUAAUAAAUAGGAGAACAACUAUUAAAACUCUAAGAAAGAUCUUUCCUGUUUAGGUUUAAAUAAGCCAUAUUAGUUGCUUCUUUGAAUUGUAACACCAUAGAUCACAUUUAUGGCACAGCGUCUAGGCAAGAUUAUUUACUUUUGUCAAUCUAUUGGCAAAACAAAACCAUGCUAUGAUGUGGAAAUAUAGCAUUUAGAAUUAUUAGAUACUCUAAGUCCAGUAGGUGAGGCUGAUUCUCACUGAAAAUAAUUUUGAACAUAUUUAAAAUUUGUGCUUUGCUGAUAAUCAGAAUGUGUAUACAAAAGCAGAGUCGUCUGGAGGCAAACAUCUGGUGCAGUGCCAAAGGCAUGAUGCAUAAGAAGUAACAGAAGCAAUGUAACUGUGCUGGGAUUGUAACAUAGCAACCUGGGCUUUGGUUUGGUUUGUUAGUAUUUUCCUCCCAGGAUUAGUUAGAGAGGUUUUAUAAUAAUAGCUCUCACAUUUUAUUAAAUUGUGUCAGAAAGAACAUGUAUAAUCCAUCUUUACUUUAAAACUAGUAUUCUUUUAUAGUUUUUCUUCAUUUAUAAUCUGGUCAAAUUAAUUCAGUUCACUUUUUUGCUUUUUUGGGUUUUUUUCUGAUACUUUGUCUGCUUUUUUAUUUAUUUCUUUAUGUGCAUGUUCCAAAAAAUCUCAUUCGCUUAUGAAGGUAUGAGAGGUUAACAAGAAUUUAUGGCUGAUAUUCAUCUCUCUCAACGUUAGGGUUAGUUAUAUUGUAUGGAAAGAUAUGUUAACAUGUUUCUGUUAUCAGCAAAAUCAACUGUAUUUUGUUUAAGGACUGUUUUCAGAUGCAUGCAAGAUUUGGCACAUGAUUCUAUUUUGAUACAAUGGAACCAAGAUCUCUCUGGAGCUGAUGGUUUUGUGGACUUUUUUAGUGGAACCAUAACGUUUACCAAGGUAACAGAAGCCUCUUAGUCCACUAAUAAUGUGUUUUUCAAAAGAAAUGAUAACUUUAAAUUUAAGUUUCAUUUAUAUUAUUCCUAAAUUACUUAGUAUAAAGUCACUUGGUAGAGAAAGAGAGAAAUGUCAUUUAAGAUAAGAAACUUCAAGGCACAAAUGCCUGCUAUUCACCACUGAAAACAGGAAUAGUCCAAAACUGCCAGCAGGCAUGCCAGCCCUCUGUGCAAAGCUACUGGCAUCAGCUAAGAUUACUGUAAGAGAUGAUUUUUUUGCAACUGUAUGAUGAAGCAGCAGGAAAUGGUGUUAAGAUGCAAGAAUUGAAAAGUACGCUGCGGUAUUUACCAGACUGCAGUAUUUAUGUUGCACUCCCAUCAAAGAGGCAGUGGAAAUGCAGGAAAAUAAUCAUCAAGGAGAUAAUGCUUAACCCUGCUACCUGGCAGGGUUCCUCCUGUGUAUAAAAAAGAUCCCAUUCAUUAGGCAGAAGUAAUAACUACCUCAGUUCACUGUCACUGGACCUGAGCUCUGCAGAGGACAAGUCCUUGGCAAAGCCACACAAGAAGGCUUCUCAUAAGCACAAUCUCUGUGUGACAGGACAUUGCAGCUUUGUCCCAAGUCAUCAUUCAACACAGGUGCAGACCCCAUACUUCUUGGGUCCUGUUUCUGUGUUUUCUUUGGACCAGCCCU